AUGUCGCUGACCAACACAAAGACAGGGUUUUCGGUCAAGGACAUCUUGGACCUGCCGGACACCAACGACGAGGAGGGCUCGGUGGCCGACGGGCCCGAGGAGGAGAACGAGGCACCCGAGCCCGCCAAGAGGGCCGGGCCGCUGGGGCAGGGCGCCCUGGACGCGGUGCAGAGCCUGCCCCUGAAGAACCCCUUCUACGACAGCAGCGACAACCCGUACACGCGGUGGCUGGCCAGCACCGAGGGCCUCCAGUACUCCCUGCACGGGCUGGCGGCCGGCGCGCCCCCCCAGGACUCAAGCUCCAAGUCCCCAGAACCCUCGGCCGACGAGUCACCGGACAAUGACAAGGAGACCCCGGGUGGCGGGGGGGACGCAGGCAAGAAGCGGAAGCGCCGCGUGCUCUUCUCCAAGGCGCAGACCUACGAGCUGGAGCGGCGCUUCCGGCAGCAGCGGUACCUGUCGGCGCCCGAGCGCGAGCACCUGGCCAGCCUGAUCCGCCUCACGCCCACGCAGGUCAAGAUCUGGUUCCAGAACCACCGCUACAAGAUGAAGCGCGCCCGGGCCGAGAAAGGUAUGGAGGUGACGCCCUUGCCCUCGCCGCGCCGGGUGGCCGUGCCCGUCUUGGUCAGGGAUGGCAAACCGUGCCACGCGCUCAAAGCCCAGGACCUGGCAGCCGCCACCUUCCAGGCGGGCAUCCCCUUUUCGGCCUACAGCGCACAGUCGCUGCAGCACAUGCAGUACAACGCCCAGUACAGCUCUGCCGGCGCCCCUCAGUACCCGACAGCACACCCCCUGGUGCAGGCCCAGCAGUGGACUUGGUGA